UCAAUAAACGACCAAUGAGAAAAGUUUGUAGAUUGAUACGAUUUGGUAGCUAUAUAAAAACCAUAUAUUUAUUAUCAAAUGAAUAGGAAAAUUCUAUUUUGAACAUAAAAACCAUUUCUGUAAUUUUUUUGUUGACAAAAAUCAGUAUAUAAGUUUUAAUAUUCGAUAAUAUUAUUUCGUAUGUUUUCUAGCAGCUGAUCCAAUGACUGUCCACUUCGUUCCACGGAUUUCGGUUUUAGAAUAUUAUACAUGGAACAAGGAAUUAAUCGUGAAUUCAGAUUUUCAGAAUCCUCCAUUUUUGAUCACGCUAUCAUCGCUGUAUUCAGGUUAACAUUAGCCAAACUAUUUCUUUAUAAAAUUACCUAAUACAACUAAAAUUGUUCAAACACAUAUAUAAUAAUGGCUUUUGCAAAACACGCUAUAAAGAAAUUGACGCCAAUGUUUGAUCGAGUUUUGAUUCUACGUGCAGAAGCAGUGACCAAAUCAAAAGGUGGCAUUUUGAUUCCUGAAAAAUCGCAGGGGAAAGUACUACAUGGCAGUGUAGUAGCCGUGGGACCAGGAGCUCGAAAUACCAAAGGAGAAUUUAUUCCCACCCAGAUCAAAGUUGGAGAUCAGGUGCUGUUACCAGAAUAUGGCGGAACUAAAGUUGAAUUGGAAGAAAAUAAGGAGUACCAUUUAUUCAGGGAAUCUGAUAUCCUAGCCAAACUAGAAGUAUGAAACAGAGUUUAUUAAGUGUUGUGUAAUAUACUUGUAGACAUUCGCAUUCCUAUCUUUACUUGAAUGUUGAUCAUCACAUUUGUCAUCCAUUUAGAAGCCAUUGAUUGCGAAUGAUUAAUUUCUGAACUUCGAAUACCAUUGAUGAUCUUUGUUUGUUCUUUAUGUAAUCAACAUAUUUAUCAUGAACUGAUUUUUUACAUUGUUAUUAGUUGAAUUAGAAUUGAAUUAUUAUAAAAUGCAACAAAUAAUGAGAAAA